GGCGCUGCGUCGCCGCCGCCGUUGCUAAGCAAGUCUUGGCCCGGAAGCAGUUUCCCAUCCCGCCCCGGGACUGCUGCGCGCCAGACAACUUCCGGUGGGGCGGGCGCCGAGUUGGCGGCCAGCAAGCUCCCGGGGCGGCGGCGCGAUGACCACUCUCCGGGCCUUUACGUGCGACGACCUGUUCCGCUUCAACAACAUUAACUUGGAUCCACUUACAGAAACUUAUGGGAUUCCUUUUUACUUACAGUACCUCGCCCACUGGCCAGAGUACUUCAUUGUUGCAGAGGCCCCUGGUGGAGAGUUAAUGGGUUAUAUCAUGGGCAAAGCAGAAGGCUCGGUGGCGAGGGAAGAGUGGCACGGGCACGUCACAGCUCUGUCUGUUGCCCCGGAAUUCCGACGCCUUGGUCUGGCUGCUAAGCUUAUGGAGUUAUUAGAGGAGAUUUCAGAAAGAAAGGGUGGAUUUUUUGUUGAUCUCUUUGUAAGAGUGUCUAACCAAGUUGCAGUCAACAUGUACAAGCAGUUAGGCUACAGUGUGUACAGGACGGUCAUAGAGUACUAUUCGGCCAGCAACGGGGAGCCCGAUGAGGAUGCUUACGAUAUGAGGAAAGCACUUUCCAGGGACACUGAGAAGAAAUCCAUCAUACCAUUACCUCAUCCUGUGAGGCCGGAAGACAUUGAAUAACCAUGAGCAGUGGUUCUUAGGCUGAUGAUGCUCCAGAUAUUUUAUGGACAAUAUUAUUUUCAUUAGAUGAUCCUGGAGCUCUAUUAGGAGAAAAGGGAAUCGUUUAGAUCUUAAACACUUCAAGAAAAAAACAGGUUAUAAACUUAUUUUAAGUCUUGUUUCCUAUUAGCAAUAUCAUACCUUCUAAAGCUGUCCACUGUAAUAAAAUUCAGCCAAAAAAGGCAGCUAGGUCAAAAGGAAACAUUCCACUGUUAUGGUUCAUAAUGUAAUAUUCAUGAUAUGCUAGGGAAAAAGCUUGCUCCAGUCCCCUCCUAAAUUCUGUGCCUGAGAACCACUGCUGCAUAUAUUUUUUAUUUUGUAUUGAACUGUUAAUUGAAGCUUUAAAAGCAUAUAUGAAAUGUAUAAAUCUAAGAUGUAUAAUAAAAUGCAUUGUUGACUCGA